CGAAGGAAGAUAAACCAUCUCCCAAUUGCAAAAAGAUAACACUUGUAAACUUGUUUCCGCCCACUGCGAUAUUCUCGCUAAAACCCAUAUGUAGUAGUACACUGACUACGACUACCCCGUUUCCCGCCAAAGCGACGCUGGUUCACGAGCGCACACUACUUAGCCUUGAAAGAAUCCGUUCUAAUGAUUCUCUCUUGCUACACGAUAUAACCUGAGAUCAGGCGUCAUUUAUCUAUUUUUUUUUUUUUGAAGGCAUGAUCGCAGGCUAUACACGAUGAGGCCCGUUUAACCCGUUUUUUAGUUUUUCCGCGUAUUUUAAAAGGAUCGACACCUAGGAAAGCUUAAUUUUCAGUAGAAAAGUUAGCACCGUCAUUUAAAACUUCCCUUGAGCGUAAAAUGAUAAAAUUUCCCAACAUUCGAUAAGUAUGUGAAAUUAGGGAAUAAUUUCACUCGCGUUUUGUCCUAAUCCUUAAGGCUCGGGAAAUUAUUAGGAUUUGGACAAAACGCAAGUGAAAUUAUUCCCUAAUUUCACGAGUAUACCAUUUGAUUACCUAUCAAUAUCAUGGGUGUUAGCAAUACGUUAACGUUAGCAAUCGAGGAUUUUUGACUUGUUUAUCCUGGAUCGUAUCGAUCGAUCGUGAACUCCACUCUCUCAAACGUUUAGAGCUAAAAUUUGGCUUAAGUUUUCAGAAUUUUUCCACAACAUACCUCUAAGAAUCCUUCUUGAUGUGUUCUUUCGUGUGUUCAGGUUUUCUAAAGCGUCUUUUUAUGCCCCGACAUCUUCAUUCAUGACAUUUUAAAACUUCCUCGCCAUCUUGAAACGGAGACGCACGGCAGGUUGUCAUGGCAAUUUGGUAAUUUCACAUGUGAAAUUACAAAUUUCGCGCAAAAAUUAAGGAGUAAUUCGUCACCUAUGAUAUUAGUGACAUAACUUGUUUCCGCCACUAUUUCAGACGCUUAAACCCAACCGUUGUAGAAUGCGACGGCCAUUACGUUUUCCCGCCAAAAUGCCGCUGGUCAAAGUGCGCGUUCUAAUUAGUGUUGAGAAAAUCUCAUCUUCCUAGUCCUCCUCGUCUUGAAAAAUAAAAUCCAACGGUCUCUAUUGUCACAGGACUCACCGCCCUUGUCGCACGAUUAAUAGGGACGUUUAAUUAGCAAAACAACAACUUCGCUCGUGCAUCACAAUUUUUUGUACAUUUUUUUUCCCGUUUUUGCACGACUACAACGUGAAAAUGCCUUAUCUCGCGUUUUAUGGAGGACGUAAACAAGCAACGACGAAAUUUUAUUUCUCUUCCCGAGCUUGAAUAUUGUCCCUUGAAAUUCAGCUUCAGGAGGGUUCGCCUACAAUUGACUAAGUAAGUGGGUAGGAAUAAUCGCUAUGAAGACUGAAAGAACGCAAAUUCACUUUUUAAGCGACGUUCUUGUCGCCGUCGCGUCGUUGAAUCUUAGAGUCCCUAAUUAUACAAUGAAAUCUCGUGAUAGAAGGCCCUUAAACUCCGCUAUUUUCUAUUUUUAUUUUUUCCAGGUUGUGUUUGUACAGUCUAUUCAGGGCAGUGAGACACUAACAGUGGUCCCACUUGAUGAACAAACUAGCAGUCUACAGCUGUCUCAGCAGCCAGGGGAUCCACAAGGCUCUCCUGUCGUCUCCACGGCUGCUGAUUUAAGUUCGGGUCUUCAGGCUAUGACAUCUGUUUCUUCCAGCCUUGAUCCAUCUAUUCAGCAGCAGUUACCGCAAGAGCUUACAGUCAAACAAGUCGAAGCUAUGCUCAACCAAGGUUUGUGACGUCAACUCCUUCAAGCAAUUGAGCCUUAGGGGUUUUUCAAAUGAUUACGGAAUGACUCUUAUUCUGGAACGAGGUCAUUCCGUCUUCAUAUCUCUAUCCAAACGACACUUCCUUCCCGUACAAGUCAUUCCGGUUUUCAAUCCGAAUGAAAUUCUUGUUCUGGUAUGAAAUUUCAUUCUGUUAUUAUGUAAACUGGAAACGGACUUUGUUCCGGGUUGAAAAUCGCAAAUCGGGUAGUGUGGGGCGAGUGGCGCAUGCGCAUCUGCUCUGGCGCGAAAACCACGCAAGUCUAGGUCUGAAAGACAGAGAAAAAAUUUAAGAGCAAACAUCCACUUCUACAUCAAAAGGUGUUUGUAUCCCCAUCAUUUCAAUCUUAAAGGCUUGAUUCGCAUAAAAAUAAGUACUCUUCUAAGUUCAAUAUUUCGAGGCUUGAGUUCAUGUCUUCACUCUGGAGCGAAACUCACACCGCAAUGAAAGUUAUUCCGGUAUCAUACAUACAGAUCCUCUCUCACUUUGCGAGUUCCGACUCACUGUACGAACGCUAGUCUGCGAAAACAGCCAUCUCUCUUCGCGUCUUGCCGCCAGGGAUGUUUGCAAAACGACCUUAGGAACGAAGCGGUUGGGGAGUCGGCUGUUUGCACAGGCUACAUGAACUCGUAAGAUUUCCUCGCGUACUAUCUGCCUGAACAACGAACAAGGUAUUAGCUUGUUCGAGGUAAAACAAAGGUUAUUUAAGCAAUAGACCACACUUUCUAUGGGUUUACCGGCGUGAUAACCCACGCGGGAUGUUGGGAGAACAUGAGAAAAGCUUGUAAAUCACUCGCCUUCGGCUCGUGAUUUACAAGCUUUUCUCGUGUUCUCCCAACAUCCUAAGUAGGUCACGGUUAUCACGCCGGUAAACCCAUAGAAAGUGUGGUCUACUGCUGUUACAAAAUAACUUUCAGUAAAACGGAGUCGUUUAGGUUUUCUAUGAGUUUACCGGCACAAUAAACCAUAGGUUUUUAACCAAUCAGAACGCGCGUACUAUCUUAGUUAUUUUAUAAUUAUGUAUUUGUGAUUAUAUAUCUUAAAUUAUUUUUUUUAAUUGGUGCUUUUGACCAAUUUUUUUUAGGUCGAGAAAAUGCUCAGAGUGCUUCAAUUGAAGCCGGCACUUCUCAUAGCAAUCUUCAAAAUCUAAAUGAUGAGGAGGACAGAGCUUUGCAAGCUGCUUAUGAACCUCAACAACCAACUGAUAUUGAAAUGGGACAUGAUAUGGACAGUGCCCAGAGGCGCGUUUCCAAGCAAGAGCAAGAUGAAACAAUGGAUUAUGAACCAUGUCUUCAGGUCACUGAUAUCCAAAUGUCAGCUACAGGCAUGUCUGAUACAAAUGCACCUGACAUUGCCAGCGGAGAACAAAGUGCUCUUCCACUUCCGCAAGUCACAGGAACUUCUGGUGUUCUUACGAGUCAGGCUGCAGAGUUGAGCUCAACAACGACAGCGUCUGUCUUAGCGACGUCAACUCAUACAUCAGAAGCGCUACAGGUAGUCGCGGAUCAGGAUUCGUCUAAACUGGUCAUGAUUAAUCCACUGAGCAAACCACUCCUUGACGAAGCCCAAAGUAGCUUGGCAAAUGCCGCACAGAAAACUCCAAAAUCCACUCGCCAGGAUUCGCUGUUGUUAUAUGAUGCUGCAACUGCGCCGAAAGACGACGAUCACAUUUUCAAGGUCUUGCUGAAUAACCUGUCUCCUGCUACAAGCUGCUUUAACCAUCCAUCUGUUCUUAACGAAAGAAACAACCUAGACAUUCGCAGAUGUCGGAAUACAUUUUGUGACUGUAGGUUGUACCACUGUCCGCUGUGUACCUGUCUGCCAAAUAAACCCGGUAGAAUAAGAGAACACUUUAAAAAGAUACACGCUCAAGACCUUGUUGUCAGAUAUCAGGGUAAGAAGUUCAUUUCCUUAACUCCGUAGUAUGCUUGAGUUGGAUAUCAACUUAGCCUAAAACAGGUCAAAAGUAACCUCGCACAUAAGUAUUAAAACUUGUACAAAUAUAACCGCGCGCCACCAUAUUUGUUUCCUGUAUCUCGCGCGUAGAAAAGUGGAGUGGGAUACGCGCGCGAUAAACUCCCCACGCGACAGAACUAGUACUGGCCACCUUAAAAGAGGAAGAAAAAACAUGCACCUUAUUUGAGUGUUAAUGUAUUUAAUUGGGGACACUAUUUUUUACGUCCCCUACUGGAGACGGGACCGCCGUUUUACGUGGUCAUCUGAACCACGAGAAAGGUCUAACCGCUUGCAGUGCAAAGGGAGUACCUUCAUUUCUCAGUUAUUUUGACCCUGAGUAUUGGUCCGGCCCCGGGAAUCGAACCCGCGACCUCCCGCUCCGCAGUCAAGCGCUUAACCGACUGAGCUAACCCUGCCGCGGCAUAGAUGGACAAACGUAAAGAUGACUGAAACGGAUUGCAAGUGGUUGUUGAAAACUUGCCAGCCUAACAGUUUUUCAAAGUUCAUUGUUGUUGUUUGUAACAUUUGACAUAAUGCAUGGGAGACAUACUUGUUUGACACGAAUCUCUGGUUUUGUCAUUCGCAUAUAAUUUCUCAAGUUCUGUAGAAUCCAAGGACGAGUAGUUGGCAUAGAGAGAAGUGUGACGUCACGUUACCACGGUAACAACAUUUCUGGGUGACAACAAUAGGGAGCUUAGGCAACAACGACGGCGACGGUAACGAAAACGGAAAAAAAAGCGUUAGGAUUGGCAAAACAACAACUUUGCACGUGCAUCACGCUUUUUUGUACAUUUCUUAGCCCUCUUUGCACGACUGCGAUUUUCACGCGCCCGCUUUAUGAAUUAGUUGAACACGACACAAAAAUUUUCUUUUUCUUUUUCUUUUUCAAAACUUAGAUACUGUCUCCUCGGAUUUAACCCCAGAAAAUUUCACCAACAUUUGUACUAAUAAAAUGAAAAUAAACAAGAUCGAUGAAGUUCGAAACAGUGCGAUUUCACUUUUUAAGUGACGUUUUCGGUUUGUUCUCAUCCAGAAAUUUUACUACAGUGGCAACGUGACGUAACGACUUCUCUCUGUUGUUAACUAGACACCGGUGGCACAGCCACUGUAACUUUCUCUGACAUUAUUAAUUGUAGGUUAUCAGAUGUUACGUUGCAAACUUGGCUGCACUCGUCCCAGUGGAACCAAAGUGUCCAAUUCCCAUUAUCACUGCUGUCUUUGUGGAGUAAUCUGCAUGCGGAAGUCUGGUGUUUAUGAGCACAUGCGGAUCAAUCAUUCUAUACAACCCGUGAAGAGAGAGAGCCUUUCCCAGCUCUCACAGCAACAGAAAGAAGCCAAAUAUGACAACCCUGCGGUGCCUAAACCAGUGAUAGUUCAAGUCCCUUCAGUCCAAUCAGUUGCUGUGGGGUCUGGUACCCAACAGAGUGCUCUCCCCACUCUCCACACGGUCCAAACAGAACCCACGGAAUCUGGUACCAACCAACAAGUUGUUUUACCCGCUAUUCAAACAGGAUCUGUGGAGCUCGGGAAUCAACAAGUUGUCCUGUCCACGAGCCAAUCAGAAACUUUGGACUCUGGCUCACAACAGGUCGUUCAACCUAUGGCGCCUUCAAGUCAAGGCGUGGUCACCACAAGUUCCAAUCCACAGACAGUCACUGUUCAGUUACCGCAGCAAGGGUAUGGCAAUGCACAGGGACAGCAACAACUUGUGAUAGUCAUGCCUCAGCAGAUGAAUCAGACUCAGGUUCAGUCCCCUGUGCAAGCCCAACAGCCUAUUGUCAUAGUGAUGCCUCAGACGGGUGGGGCCCAGGUGACACAGCCUAUUGUGGUCCCAGUACCUCAAGCAACAAAUAACUGAUGAUUUAAAUUUUCCUCUUACUUGUCCAAAGCAAGACUUAAGAAGGCAAGACUUGGCAAGGCUCUUCAAGUGUGACAACAUCGACCAGUAAGGUUUCUGGGAAACUGCCCAACUACCCUUCCCUAAGCCAACAUAAACACUAUGACACGCUACAAGUUUGGACCGAUCAAAUAUUAAUGAAAUCAAAGAGUGCUGUCUUCUAUUCUCUCCACAACUUGGACAGAAAAUCACGAUUUCCCAAUUUGGUACAACUGUGGCUUAAAGCAUCGCUGAAAAGCGCGAUUUACCGAACAAAAAAACAGUCUCCUAAACGUUUAUCAUUUCACAAUAACUCCGUAAAAUUUUAUCUAAAUCCCCGCUAAAACAGCUGAGAUGUAAGCGUUUUAAGAAUAGUAACACAAGCAAAAUUUUUCCUUGUGGAUUUAUUUACAGAUAGAUGUCCCCCUUGGCUUUAAGCUAGAGCUGUUUAAAAUGCGCGACAAAC